AUGCUCAAUCUGGAAAAAAAAGGAACUGGGAAAUCAUUUUUGGAAAAUGUUAUCGGCAGUUCGUUGAGCGACAAGCUACGCCCAAUGCCACAAAAGGAACCGACAACUACUAACAACUUGAUCAGGCAAAUGCCCACUGACUAUAUACCCGAAAGAAGAACGAUCAACUGAGUAGUGCCUAAGGAACACAUAUCAAGAGAAAAAUACCCAGUGUUGCGCUUCGAGCAGAAACAUUUUUUGCAUUAUGAUCUGCAAGAAGAUGAAUCAGUAAGUAGCCCGUACACGGCUGCACGCGGCGAAGCGCUUCACGAAUACUAUUCGGUGGCGUAUGGUAGGAGAAUCUCUAGUUUUAUCAUGGAAAAUCACGCAAAAGUGAUGCACGAUAUAAAGGAAUAUGUGAGAAAAAAUAAACUGGAUGGAUCAAGACACUGGAUUAUCCUGCCACACUGGUAUAAGUUCCAGGAUUAUACCGUGUGCGAUCAAUUGGUUCGACGUUAUGCAGGACAACUAUCCAUCGAGAUAGUUGAUUCCAGGCCAGCACAUUUCAGACCGUGUCGUUUUAAAAGAGAGCGAUCCAAAAGCCCGCAUCACGUCCCUUCGCAGCCACCGAUAUAUCCGUAA